AUGGGAAAAUCAAAGGUACAGCUGAAGAAAUGUGACAGAGUGUGCAUCUCAGUUCCAGCUGCCACUGCAAUCAGAGCGGCUCUGCUGAUCCAGCGCUGGUACCGUCAGUAUGUUGCACGGCUGGAGAUGAGACGCAGGUGCACGUGGAACAUCUUCCAAUCUAUUGAAUAUGCAGGAGAGCAAGACCAGAUCAAGCUCUACAAUUUUUUUGGUUUCUUAAUGGACCACUUCACCCCAGCCAGCAGUGAAAGAAACCUAAUAUGUCACAUCUUUCGUAAGAAUGAAAUCUGUCGUGACAUCGACUGGGAGAGGUAUUUUUGCUACAGGAGCAUUGAGGUACCCGACAGCUACACUGGCCCCCAUCUGACCUUCCCCAUGACUUUCUGUGGGGUGUCGAAGUUGGUGGAGGCCUUUAAGCACAAACAACAGCUCCAUGCUCGAUAUGUUCUGCAACUUCUUGGAGAGACUUGGAGACUUCUAAGAAUACUUCCAAAUAUCAAUCAAGUGUCCGCCUGCCACACCAAGGAGAUUACCAUAUGUGGAGAUUUACAUGGGCACCUUGAAGAUCUGCUGUUGAUAUUCUAUAAGAAUGGUUUGCCGUCCUCGGACAAACCUUAUGUCUUUAAUGGAGACUAUGUGGAUCGUGGGAAAAACUCCUUAGAGAUCCUGCUCAUUCUCUUUGGCUUCCUGCUGGUCUAUCCCAAUGAUGUCCAUCUGAACAGAGGGAACCAUGAGGACCACAUUGUUAACCUGAGAUAUGGUUUCACUAAAGAAGUUUUGGGAAAAUAUAGGGUGCAUGGCAAGAAGAUCCUAAAGCUUCUGCAGAAGAUUUUCAGCUGGCUGCCUCUGGCUACAGUCAUUGACCAGAAGGUGCUGAUUGUGCAUGGUGGGAUCUCUGACACGACAGAUCUUGACACGAUAGGCAGAGUGGAUAGACACAAAUAUGUGUCAGCUCUCAAGGCUCCCAAGCAUCAUGCAGUCAACGGCAGUACAACUCAGACGAUGAACAGGAAUCGGGAGGCCAAUCUACCAGAGGAAGGCCGGCGUCGAGUGUAUUCCAUGAAUCACUGCAGCUCAGCCUCGGCUUACAGAUACAACCUCCAACACCGCUCACUUCACAGCCAGUCCAUAAGCAGCCACCUCAACUGUUCAGUGGAAGAAGAGCUAAAAAUGAGGCGCAGAAUGGCUGGGUUUGACCAGUCUUACAGAAAACUGUCUCAGUCUGACUCUGACUCAGACCCGGAGUCUGGUGAAACAACAGAAACUGAUGAGCAUCAGUGGAAACAAAUAGUGGAUAUGUUGUGGAGUGACCCAAUGGCUCAAAAUGGCUGCGUUCCCAAUGAGGUGCGAGGCGGAGGCUGCUACUGGGGUCCAGAUGUUACUGAGGAAGUGCUGGGAAGACACAACCUUCAGCUCCUCAUCCGCUCACAUGAGUGCAAACAGGAAGGCUACGAGUUCUGCCAUAACCGCAGGGUGCUGACUAUAUUUUCAGCAUCCAACUACUAUGAGGUGGGCAGCAACAGAGGAGCCUACAUCAGAAUGGGCUCCGAUCUGGUUCCUCAUUUCAUCCAGUAUCAGGCCAGCAGGACAUGCAUGGAGCUCACCCUGAGACAAAGUGUUGGGUGGACGGAGAGAUCAGCCCUACGAGCUCUGAGGGAACAACUGUUUGUACAUAAGUCAGAUCUCAUCAGUGCCUUCCAGGAGUUCGAUCCUCACAACACAGGGAAGAUCUCUCUAAGAAACUGGGCCAGUGCCACAGAGAAAGUACUAAAUCUGGGUCUGCCCUGGAGGGUGCUGCGGCCUCAGCUUGUCAACAGGACCCAGUAUGGCAUGGUGGACUACCAGCAGUGGAUAAGGGAGCUCUCCAUUACUGAGCCCAAACUAGAGGUGUCAGACAACAGUAUCUUGGAGACGAUGUACAAAAACCACUCUAAUCUGGAAACCAUCUUCCGAAUCAUAGACACCGAUCACUCAGGUUUGAUCUCUUUCGAGGAGUUUCAUCAGACCUGGAAACUCCUGAGUACACAUCUUAAGAUGGAGAUAAGUGACAAGGCCAUCGCAGACCUGGCCCAGAGCAUUGACUUCAACAAGGACGGGAGCAUCGAUAUCAAUGAGUUCAUGGAGGCUUUCCGGCUGGUGGACCUCUCUGCACACUCCUGA